CCCUGGCGCAUGGCCUGUCUACUGUGCAUUUUCAACUUCCUGGGGUCGGUCACACCCCUCCAUGUGGCUCCCGUGAUGACUGGCCUCCGCUCCGCCUUUUCAGCCACGCGGACCAAUAGCAUCCUGGGAGGCACUCAGAAUGCUGUGACCUUCAACAAGCUCCUAGUCAACACAGGGAGUGAUUUCAACCCAGACACGGGCCACUUCCGCUGCAGAAUCCCUGGAGCCUAUUACUUGUCCUUCACGUUGGGGAAAUAUCCCAAGAAGAUGUUGUCUGUCAUACUGGUGAAGAAUGGGCAGGAGGUGCAGGCUAUAGCCUAUGACGAUUACAAAAAGAAAGGGAGGAAGGUCCAGAGUCAAAGUGUUAUGAUCAGCCUGAGGGCCAUGGACACAGUGUGGCUGAUGCUGCAGGACAGUCCUCAGUAUGCUCUAUACAGCAAUGCUGGACCUUACAUCACCUUCACCGGUUACCUGGUGUACCCCGACAUCUCCACCACUGGCUAUCUCAACAACUACCUAUCCCUGUCAGGGCAGCCCUACCCCAACUCCAACUGUCCCCCUCCUGGAGACCACAUGUACGGCUGGAGCGGUAGUGCUGAGGCCCCUGUGGAGCCUCGCUCUGCCUUCUCCAUGGCCAGGACAUCCCCGGUCCUGGGGGAGAAUGGUGGUGGGCACCAGGAGAAGGAGCCUCUGACCUUUGAUGUGGAGUACGUCAACAUUGGAGGGCACUUUAACAAGACGUCGGGCCGCUUCACCUGCCGCUACCCUGGUGCCUACUACUUUGCCUUCACUGUGGGGAAGCACCCGCGCAGGGCAGUGUCAGUCAAGCUGAUGACAGGCCAAGGCGAGGUGCAGGCGAUGGUGUUUGACGAGGAUACGUCCAGGAGGAGGGAGAUGCAGAGCCAGAGUUUGCUGCUGUCGCUCCAUAGGGGGGACAACGUGUGGCUCUACAGCCAGCAGGACGAGUGCUACGCCGUCUACAGCAACCAGGGACGCUACACCACCUUCUCAGGCUUCCUGGUCUACCCAGACGUUGAGCCCACCACCACCACCAGCCAGGACCUGGACAGAACUCACUUCUGAGGGCACUGAGUUCUUCAAAACACACUGGACCCUCCUAGAAAAUGUACAUGGUGCUAUGGUUACAAAAUCGAAUUUGUGAAAGUGUGAAUGUCAGUGCUAAGUUGCACUAUGCUUCAUAGGCUUAGUUUAGAACCGCUGUAGUCAGCUUCUGGGUGUUGAUGGAACAACAACAGUAGCAACCUCUAAAGAAUGGGGCAGAGAUGUACAUAUAUUAUACACAUCUUAUACACAGAUACACAUUUGUUGGCCAUUUAUUGAUUUCAUAGUAUUAUAUCAUUCCACAAGAUGGGGCUGGGAGUUCAUUCUUUGGAUAUAACGACAAGCUUAUGACAUUAUUACACAUAAUCAUGUCAUGUUUCUCUUUAUUACCAAAUUAUCUGUGGAUAAGUGGGUGAUUUUCUGUUUUGUUUUUGGCUGCGUUUAAACCAAAGUUAUGGGUUAUAUGUUAGUAUAUGAUGCUGGAUCAUUAGGAUUCUUUGGAUACCUCAUGUUUUUUUUCUCUCAUUCACCAAAAACGAUGGGUUACAAUAAGUAGAGCUUUCCUAGGUAAUCUUUAUAUAUACAGACUUGCUUAGGGACAUAAUUAUUUAUCCUUACUGAGCAGAUGUGUUUGCAAAGACUCAGAAAACCAUUUAAUCAUUUAACUUGUGUAGUGAUUGCAUUGAGUAGACUACUAUGUAAAUACUGCAUAGUUUGCCUGAAUGACUGUAUGGACUUAGAUAACCUGAAUGUGAUGUAGUUAUGAAUGUUUGAUCUAUUCUGAAUGCAUAGUGAAAGAAUAUUCAUUAAAGGAGAAGUUUACCCAAAAUCCAGAAACUUCCAAGUGUAUUCCAUACAUUGAAACUAGUUCAGUGGAGUUUGCCCUCUCCCCCUCUCUCUCCCUGUAGGUCAACUGACUUGUGACAUUGAUGGAUGCAGGCCUCGCUAUGCUCUGUUGCCAGUUAAUUCAUGAUUCAGAAAUCUGCGAAAUGUUGAACAAAUGCAUUGUUUUAUUGAAGGCGUAUGGCCGAAUCAGCUAUUUGUUCUGAGUCAGGAUAUGUGUACUUUUCCACCUAAAACAUUUGCGAUUAUUUUACAUAAUUAUUUCAUGUAGCCGACUGCCACAGCGCAUUUGCGCUCUUGGGGGAAUCCCUGCUAAGUAGAAAUGGCACUGUAUGCCCUUCUUGACAGGUGCCCAUGGUGUCCUCAAACCGAGCCUGAGUAUUCGGAUGAAGAAUUGAGGCAAAUUGAGCUUCAGAUGGCCGCUGCUGCUUUACAUGCUGACCAGACCGGACACGUCGCGUGCUCGAGUGUUGCAAAAUGAAUUUAGAAAUCCAUGUUAUUCAAUUAUUGCACCCACACUGCUCGCACGCGCCAACAAGCGUCUGCGUUGCCAAGGGCUAAAAUAGAAGUCAUUCCUAUUUCUGACGCAGAUUGCGCUGCAAGUCCUGCCUCUCCCAUCUCCUCAUUGGUUUAUAGAAGCAGGUACCCACGUGCCAUCUCCUAAUUGGUAAUACCCACGUGGGUGAUUGAAAGACAAACUGUUUUGCCGGUCGUCGUGGUAAUACUAUGAAAGUUUAGAUGCCAAUCACCAUAUAAGUUCAAAGAUGAAAAAGCCUGAAAGGAGGAGAGAUGACUAGAAAUGAUUCGGUUGACCGUUUUAUGUGUGGAUUAAUUGUCGGAGUAGAGGACAUUGUGAUUUCAGGUAAAAUAACAACUCAAUGUUUAAAUCCCAGGACAAAUUAGCUAGCAACAGGAAGCAAGCUAAAUAGGACAAAUUAGCUUGCAAGUGCAAGAUAACUAGCUAAAUUGCCAUACAUGUUUAAUGCUUUUCGACCUGUCCCCAAAUUAAUGUAAUUGGUUCAGAGUUUGUUUUGAUAUUUUAACAUGCAUGUCAUGAUCGCGUUUGGUGUGGGGGGACAAAAUACAUUUAUGCACGAUGGCACACGCGUGCAGCCGGUUUGGGUUCCGUGAUAGCCAUCGAAGCCGCAGCAGUAGCUGGACCACAGCCCUAACCAUCCUCAGGAUCAUCACAGACUGACUGGAGGUGUAAUUGUGGCAAUUGCGCUCCAAUGCUGCGAAGGAGGAAUGUUUGUGCUGCGGAUCAUUUGAUUAUGUAACUACAAUUCUUAUAGAUAUUGCUGCCCAGAUUAACACUGGUGUCCUUGAAACAUUUAUCCGUAUUCCAAAAACAAAUUGGAGACGCACCACUGUUCCAGCUGGGACAAAUGGACAGUUGUCUAAUGAGUAAGUAGCUAAACUUUACUUUAAUGAAUGAUUGCUUCUCUUAAACCUUUAUUAAUGGGGAUAUUAGUGGGUUUUAUGUUUUGACAUUAGCUCAAAACCCUAUAUAGCCUAUGUUUAUAUAUCACAGUGUUUUUUGUAUAUUCUAUUCUGCAAUAUAAGGUGACACAAUGUCUAUUGUCCACCGCCCCGUCAUAAAUACAUAGAGCACAUAUGCCAUCCUGUAGAGUACCUAGGCCUGUACCUCAUGUCUACAUUAUAUGGUGCAAUGGUAAUAACGCAAUAAGAACACCUUGAACUUCAAGAAUCAGGAUGGCAACAGAGCAGAGCAGGCCUCUAUCCAGCAACGGCACGUGACCGUUUUUGCAGCUAUUUCAGUACAGCACUACGUUUGUUUAUCCCAUUUGUAGCUCUGUGUUGUUGUUUUUGUCGCACCUCUUUGCUUUAUCUUGGCCAGGUCACAGUUGUAAAUGAGAACUUAAAUAAAGGUGAAAUAAAAUAAAAAAUAAAAGGGAGAGAGAGGAGAGAGAGGGCAAACCCCACUGAUCUAUUUUCAAUGUAUGGAAUCACUUGGGAGUUUUAGGAUUUGGGUAGACUUCUCCUUUAAGGAGCAGUUCCAUGAUUCAAAGGUCAUCCAUGGGAUCCAAAAAGUCAUGGCUGAAACUGAUCAAUGUGUGAUUUAAACUUCUCUUGUAUAAGAAAUAAAAAAUGUACAGUU